AUGCCGAGUGGGGGAUACUGUGGAAACACAGGCCUGGCAGUCAGGGAGGGCUUCCUGGAGGAAGAGGCAUCCUUCCUGACUGCUGGUCUCAGUGUACUUGCACCCUCAGAGACCUACACCCUACCCAUGAUGGGCUCCAGCUGGGAGCCCCAGCUGGGGACACCGUUCCUAUCAGGUCCUUGCACCAGCUCCACAAGAGCCCAAGCUGCAGCCGAGCCCACUGGGCAGGGCCCCAAGAACCCACAUGUGUCCAGCGUGACGGUGCAGCUAGAAAUGAAGCCUUUGUGGGAGGAAUUCAACCAACUGGGCACAGAGAUGAUUGUCACCAAGGCAGGCAGGAGGAUGUUCCCCACCUUCCAGGUGAAGAUCUUGGGCAUGGACACGCUGGCCGACUAUGCCCUGCUCAUGGACUUCAUCCCACUGGAUGACAAGAGAUACAGGUAUGCCUUCCACAGCUCAGCCUGGCUGGUGGCGGGCAAGGCAGACCCGGCCACACCCGGCCGCGUGCACUUCCACCCGGACUCGCCGGCCAAGGGUGCCCAGUGGAUGCGCCAGAUCGUGUCCUUCGACAAGCUCAAGCUGACCAACAACCUGCUGGAUGACAAUGGCCACAUCAUUCUCAACUCCAUGCACCGCUACCAGCCCCGUUUCCACGUGGUCUUCGUGGACCCGCGCAGGGACAGCGAGCGCUACGCCCAGGAGAAUUUCAAGUCCUUCAUCUUCACGGAGACCCAGUUCACAGCCGUGACGGCAUAUCAGAACCACCGGAUCACCCAGCUGAAAAUCGCCAGCAACCCUUUUGCCAAGGGCUUUAGAGAGAGUGACCUGGACUCCUGGCCUAUGGCCCCACGGCCCCUGCUCAGCAUCCCGGCCCAGAGUCGCAGCAGCCUCAGUCCCUGCCUGCUGAAGGGCUCCACGGAACAGGAGAAAGAGCCCAACAAAGCUUCAGCCUCUACCUCCAGGACCCCUGCCCGGCUCCACCAUCAGCUGCUGCCUGCCCCUGAGGCCCUGCUGGCUCCGACCACCUACAGGUCCCUCACCUACCGGGGCCUGUACCAUGGAGCCCCAAGCUACCUUGGGAUCCCAAGGGCCCGACCAUACCCCCUCCCCAACAUCCGGGCUGACAGGGAUCAAGGAGGCCUGUCCCUCCCACCUGGGCUGGGGCUCUUGCCCCCAUCCCCCACCACUGCCCCAGCUGUGUGCCUGGGGCCUGGCCAGGGCUCUCAGUGA